AUGUGCUUUCCUUUUGAACCAUUAGUCCGUAUAUUCAUUGCUGCUCAGAUGGCUGAACUACCAGCGAAUCUGUACCUCAAAAAGAUUGGCCCCCACAUCUUCCUACCAACAAUUGUAACAAUCUGGGGUAUUGUUACCACGUUCCAAGGGUUUAUCACCUCUUAUGGCGGUCUGAUCGCGACUCGAUUUUUCCUUGGUUUAGUCAAAGGUGGACUGUUUCCGGGCAUAAUCUUGUAUCUUUCAACCUUUUAUACUCGUCGCGAAUUGCAGCUGCGCAUUGCAUUAUUCUUCUCUGCAGCCUCGUUGUCAGGCGCCUUCUCAGGUUUAUUGGCAUUUGGCUUGAUCCGUUUAGAUGGAGCGGGCGGCCGGCCAGGGUGGGCUUGGAUCUUCAUUGUCAAAGGUCUGUUUACCGUUCUGGGUGGCAUUGCUGGCUAUUUCAUCAUCCCCGCUACACCUACUGCGACCCGCCUCUUGAGUGCGAGACAGAAAGAAAUCAUAUUGAAGCGGUUAGAGAGAGAUCAACCUUUGACAGAUAUAGAUGAACAGUUUUCCUGGUGGGAAGUGUGGGCAUCUCUCAAGAGCCCACACGUUUUACUCAACGUCGCCGCGUUGUUUGCAUCGGGAACUUCUCUUUACAGUUUGGCUUAUUUUGUACCAACCAUUGUCAACAGCCUCGGAUACGAUUCACAUCAAACACAGCUGAUGAGCGUACCUCCAUUUGUGGUGGCUUUUGUUUUCAUGUUGGCAACUGCCUAUUUUUCGGAUCGCUUGGAAGCCAGAGGGGCUACAACGUGCGGCGGUGCAAUCCUCGGAGUCAAAUACGCCUCACUAUUUUUAUGCGUGCCUGGAAUUUACUCAAUACCACCCGCUGCGGCUGCCUGGCUAUCAAAUAAUAGCUUUGGUCAUUAUCGGAAAGCUGUCUCCAUAGCUGUUGGGUUUGUUUCCGCUAAUGGUGGAGGUAUUUUGAGUACCUGGCUGUUCCCUCAUUCCGAGAGGCCCAAAUUUCGCAAAGCCUGCAUUAUCAACAUCACAUUUUGUGGUGCCACUGUCUUCUUUACAAUCAUGAACCUGUGUUGGCUUCGCUAUGCCAACGUUCGAAAAAGGGAUAGGCGAGAUAAAUUGCUCAAUGGCUAUCAACUUGACGCAAGUCACUCAAAGGUUGAUUCUGCGGAAUACAUUCGCGCGUGGAGAGAACUUGGGGAUCAACACCCUGACUUUAUUUACACCUAUUGA